AUGAUUUGUGAUGCAAGUCAACAAUUUCGUUCAUUGGAUGAUAUAUAUUACUUCGGUGGACAACAAGCCUCACCAUAUGAAGUAUUAAUAUCAAGCAAAGAACAUGGUUUAUCUCCUGGUGAUUUAGUCCACUUCCAUGGUAAUCAUUGGAAUGGUUACGCAAAGGUUGAAAAAUUGAAUACUAAUCGUAAAGUAAUGGCACCAGCAUUUAAAUUCUCUCCAAGAUUAAUAACUGCUCCUAUGAUCGGUGCACAUGGAAAUCGGUCUGAAUUUAUUAUUGAUUAUAAAUAA